AGCUUGGUAUAUUGCCCCAAAAAUUAUUCCACGAAGCAGAUGGAAACCAAACAGUUCCAGUAAGCGUAUCAACAGAUCUAAAUGAGUAUAUUUAAGGUUAUCCUACUGGCAUGUGUUUCCACAUUAAUGGCAACAGGCCUUAAAUCCCGAUCCAGAAAUGCUAAUCUAAUGAAGAGUAUCCAAUACCAGCUUAAACUCGUCGAAGACAAUGAUGGAAAAUGUGAUUGUACAGGAAGAGGUUCAGAACCAGAUAAAGUUGCGUUUAUGGCUAAAAAUUCAGUUGCGUUGAAAAACAUCCCUUCAAAGUCUGUUGUAGUAUAUAACACAGUCAUAACGAACUUGGGAAAUGGAUACGACUCAUCCACUGGUAUUUUUACUGCUCCUUCCAACGGGGUUUACAUCUUUUCUUGGUCAGCAGAGGAAAAGUUUUUUCACUGAACUUACUCUUAACGGAAAUAUUGUUGCAAGAAACUAUGUAUCGGCAGUAAGUGUAGAAGAUCAUCCUUCGAGAAGUCAAAACGUUGUUCUUGAAAUUAAAAAAGGCGACAAAGUACUUGUUAGGAUCC